GGGAGCGUUGGAGGCUCUGCGGCCCCGCUCACAUCUGGCUGGGGUUUGCUCUUUAUGAGUCUGCCCUGCUUUCUUCGUCUCUUCCUUGACUUUCGAGAAACCGCGCUUCCGCUUCUGGCCAGACAGACCUCGGAACGGAGGAGGUCAAGGUGCCGGGAAGGCAGGGACCCGCUGUCGCCUGCACCCACCCCCCUUUCUGCACCUUCUUCCCAGAGGACUUUUUCCGUCCUCCUGGCUCUCUCCUCUGACAAGUCUGGUCUCCCCCUCCCACCCCCGACCUGGCUGGGAGGAGGCCCCGCCGCUGGGAGAUGCUCUAAGCCCCGAGAGGCCGCUGCAGGACGCCAGCUGGAGGGACCGGCAGGAAGAUGGGCUCCCGGGGACUGAGACUCGUGCUGGCAUGCUGCCUGCUGCUGGCCUUCGCCUGUGGCCCGGCGCUGGGCCGUGUGCCACGGGGUCCACAGGAGCUGCAGGAGCAGGAGGGGACCAGGGAGCCGCCGCUGGACCACGCUGAGAGGGAUGAAGAAAACCAUGAAAAGUACAGCCCCAGGCAGGGUGAGGAGGCCCCUGCUUCCCGGUGCUUUCGCUGCUGUGACCCUGGCAGCCCCGUGUACCAGGCCAUCCCCAUGCCGCAGAUCAACAUCACCAUCUUGAAAGGUGAGAAGGGUGACCGGGGAGACCGAGGCUUGCAAGGGAAAUACGGCAAGACGGGCUCUGUGGGCGCCAGGGGCCACGUGGGCCCCAAAGGGCAGAAGGGGUCCAUGGGGGCCCCCGGGGACCGCUGCAAGAACCACUAUGCCGCCUUCUCGGUGGGCCGCAAGAAGCCUCUGCACAGCAACGACUACUACCAGACCGUGAUCUUUGACACGGAGUUCGUGAAUCUCUACGGCCACUUCAACAUGUUCACGGGCAAGUUCUACUGCUACGUGCCGGGCAUCUACUUCUUCAGCCUCAAUGUGCACACCUGGAACCAGAAGGAGACGUACCUGCACAUCAUGAAGAACGGGGAGGAGGUGGUGAUCCUGUACGCCCAGGUGAGCGACCGCAGCAUCAUGCAGAGCCAGAGCCUGAUGCUCGAGCUGCGGGACCAGGACGAGGUCUGGGUGCGCCUCUUCAAGGGCGAGCGGGAGAACGCCAUCUUCAGUGACGAGUUUGACACCUACAUCACCUUCAGCGGCUACCUGGUCAAGCACGCCGCGGAGCCCUAGCCCGGAGGCCCCGCGGCCCCACGCGGCGCUCGCUGCAGCCCCUCCCCCAGGCCUGGCUUCCCCACCCCACCGCCCCGGCUUCGCGGCCUUCUACAAGACGCCCCUCAAGGAAGGGGAAGCAAGAGCAGCUGUGCUUGCCGGCCACGCAGGCUCCUGGGUGGGCUUAGCGGGCAGGCACCUGCGAGGAGUGGUGGGGGGGCUUCCAGCUCCCCUCUGUGCGCAUAUCCUUAGGCGACCCCGCGGGCAGGCUGCCACACGGCAGGGUGUCCCAGAGUCCUCCUUGCUCCCAGGGCUGGAAAUAAUGAGGGAAAUGCUAAAGUGUGUGAAAGGAGCAAAGGUAAGCCAUGUGGGAAAAGGGAGGUGUAAUUUUGCCUCUGCUCCAGCGGCACUGACUCCCCGGGGAGGCUGCUCUCGCCUGACUUGCAUGUUCCAGAAGACCUGAAGUAGUCGUGGUGGGCCCAGGGGGGAGGGGUGGAGGGCGUGGGGACCCUCUUAGGCCACGUAUGAGCCUUCUUGGACGACAGCUGGGCUGACAUCCACGUCUGGGGGACAUCCUGGCCUUGCCUGCAGGUUCAGCUGGUAUUUCUGAGCCACAACAGUGAGGGGGUUCGGGUUCAGGUAGCGAAUGUCAGCUUUCAGCCCUUGGCCCUGGUCUCUGGGCUGAGAGAAGCAGCCUACUUGCCGGAACCCACAGACUCCUGAGUGCAGCUGGGGACGUCAGGAGCCCCUGGGUCUGCAGAUGUUUCCAUGAGGAGCAAAGCUCAAUACAUCCACGGCACAGCCAUCCUUCCUGGCACGGCUCUGCUCCACGCCCCCCUACUGCCCAGGAGCCCUGUGCAGGGCCUUCAUGCCUGUCACCCCAGCCUUCCUCCUUCCAGACAGGUCAGCCACGGAAGGCACUGCAGCCUUCGUUUUGUAGCAGGGUCAUGGUUAUAUAAUAUUUUCUACAAAACCUCCUUGCACACCAUCUCUGAGUCCUGUUGCCCAGAGGGUUCAACACUCGGCAGCCCCAGGGCUCUCCCCCAGGCCUCUUUGGUCAGCAGCCCAACAACAUGGGAGGGGCUUCCUCUGGGCCCCAGAGCAGGGAAGAGCCGGAAGGGGCUGGAAGGCUCCCGCUCUAACUGUCUCGGAGCCCCCAUGGGGCACCAUCCCUCUGCCCAGGAGAUAAGGCAUGUCUCAACCACUGGAGGUAAAACCCUCUCUCUGAGGUGGGGUGUAGACGUGCCCGAAGGGGCUGCUGCCUGGAAUUGGUGCUCUGGCCUGUGGGUGGCUUUGGCUGGGUGGCCCUUCCCUGCCUCUCUCCAUUAAUGCCCAGGGCCAGGGUCCUGCUCCUACCUGCUUGGGCCCCGAGCCCCUCCAGGAACCUUCCUUCCCACCGCCUGGUGACCCUUGGUCUUGACCCAUUCCUCUGCUUUCCCUGGGCCUUGCCACCCGGUCUGGGGUCUGCACAUCCUUCCCUCUGAAGGACUUCUGCUGGUCAGACUUGAAAAAUGGAGUUUCUCUGGGUGUGCUGGUGAGCAGAGUGCCCUCCUCCUGCUUUGUGCUGUCCCCAAUGCUCUUUCAGAAAACAUUAAACUUGGACCACGUGUCUCAGCAUCACGGCCUCCUCAGUUUGCUCCUUGAACC